AUGGAAAACUCAGUGAUAACAGUGUGUGAGCAUGUGGACAAUGCGAAAUUGGGCGUUUUUCAAGGAGCUCGAUUUCGUUGGUAAGUUCUUUUACGUUUUUUUUAAAUUUUAGGUAAACUUAUAUUACGCUUGGAUGGAUUUGUUUGAAGAAAAUGGGUUUCCUUGCUGAAAAAGGUGAAAUUUAUGUUGAGAAUUAUGUUGGGGAGUUAAAUCUGUUUGUUGGCGUACGAUUUAUUGGGGUUUUAGGGCAAGUUAUUAAUUUUUACCUGAAAAGCAUAAUAUUUCAAGUAGUUGUCCAGUUAAUGGGUAAAAAUUUUUUAGCUGACCAAAUGAGUAAUAGUGUUGGAAGUACUGUUUAAAAACGGAUUUAUCUUUUAGUUUUGAAGAAUUUCGGGCCAAAUUCGUGGAAUGGAUGGCGAUAACCCAUCAACGGAUGGCUAUAAACAGUUCUCGUCAAAUGGGUGUCAAAUAUGGAAUUGCGGCACGAGAACAGUUUAAAUUUCGAAGUCUGUACUUCCGCUGUUUUCGUCAUGGACCAGGACGUCGGGCAGAGGCAAAGCAGCCGAAUCGAGAGAAGAAUGCGCGAGACUGUGGUGCCUAUAUGAGAGUAAUCUUUGAUUCGACGACAAAUGAGCUGGUGAUCAGUACGUGUCACUUGAAACACAGAUUUCAUACGCCGUGUCGUGAGGACACCGUGAAGAUGGUUGGACGAAGAAGUCAGUGGUUUGAGUGGGGUAAGUUUUUGGUUUUUUGUUUGGUAUAUAAAGAAAGUAAGGGAAUUUUUUGGUUUUUCAAUGAAAAAAGUCGUAUCAAGAUUGAAAGUAAAAGUUUUCUUAAAAUUUUUUUGGUAUUGUAAAUGAAUGAUAAUUUGAUUUACAUAUUUUGUGACUUUAUGGUCGAUUUUUAUUAAAAUAGCAUUUUCAGUCGAAGAACUAGCUCCAUCUAUUGGUCAAGAAGUUCCAGUGUUCUCAUACAGUAAAGAAGUGUACACAUCCGAGGACCUAUUCGAAUCUCUUCAACACCUACAUCAAAUCGAGCCAACUCAACACUUAAAGCCAAAGAAGUUGACUACUAUUACUAAACGGAAAGGAAGAUCAAAGAAGCGACAACAGUCAAAGACACCGCCAGUUUCGGACACGGAUUUGGAGCUGUUUACAAGUGCCAUUGUCAUGUUGAAGGGUCAGCCAGUGGAGAAGGGUCAAUUGACCAGAGAAAGUGAAAUGAAAUUGAAGAAGUUGUUGGCCGAACUAGAAGGAGAGCGGAAUGAUGAGUACAUUGAUGUUAUUGGUUGA